GCGGUUUUGGACUCUCUUCGAUUUUCUCACGGUUCUCCGCGGGUUUGGAGUAUCUUUGUAACGCGGUGACCGCGAUUGCCGACAUGCCAUCUGUGCUGGGCUCGAUGAUGGUGGCCUCUACGUCGGCCGCCUCCCUGCAGGAAGCUUUGGAAAAUGCGGGGAGGCUUAUUGACCGACAGUUGCAAGAAGACCGCAUGUACCCGGACCUUUCUGAGCUGCUCAUGGUGUCGGCCCCAAACAGUCCUACUGUUUCUGGAAUGUCCGAUAUGGAUUACCCUCUGCAAGGACCAGGUUUACUGUCAGUGCCCAGCCUUCCAGAGAUCAGCACUGUCCGAAGAGUUCCCCUCCCGCCUGAGCUGGUUGAACAGUUUGGACAUAUGCAGUGUAACUGCAUGAUGGGUGUUUUCCCCCCUAUCAGCAGAGCUUGGCUUACGAUUGACAGUGACAUAUUCAUGUGGAACUAUGAAGAUGGAGGCGACCUUGCCUAUUUCGAUGGACUCAGUGAGACAAUUCUUGCUGUGGGGCUUGUGAAACCAAAAGCUGGCAUCUUUCAACCUCACGUAAGACACUUGUUGGUUUUGGCAACCCCUGUGGAUAUAGUAAUUCUUGGACUCAGCUAUGCUAAUGUACAAACAGGUUCUGGCAUUCUUAAUGACAGUAUGUGUGGUGGCAUGCAGCUGCUUCCAGAUCCUUUAUAUUCUCUUCCCACGGACAACACUUACCUUUUAACAAUCACCUCCACGGAUAAUGGCAGAAUUUUUUUGGCUGGCAAGGACGGCUGUUUGUAUGAAGUAGCAUACCAAGCAGAAGCAGGCUGGUUCAGUCAAAGAUGUAGGAAGAUAAACCACUCCAAGAGCUCACUCUCCUUCCUCGUGCCUUCCUUGCUGCAGUUCACAUUCUCAGAAGAUGAUCCUAUUGUUCAAAUUGAAAUUGAUAAUUCCAGAAAUAUUUUGUAUACACGAUCAGAGAAAGGAGUGAUACAGGUUUAUGACUUAGGCCAUGAUGGACAGGGGAUGAGUAGAGUUGCUUCAGUUUCACAGAGUGCCAUUGUCUCUGCUGCUGGAAACAUUGCUAGGACUAUUGAUCGUUCCGUUUUUAAGCCAAUUGUUCAGAUAGCUGUGAUCGAGAACUCUGAAUCACUGGACUGUCAGUUACUGGCUGUCACUCAUGCAGGUGUGAGGCUGUAUUUCAGCACUUGUCCGUUUAGACAGCCGUUAGCUCGGCCCAAUACACUGACACUGGUUCACGUCCGAUUACCUCCUGGAUUCUCAGCAUCUUCAACAGUCGAAAAGCCCUCGAAAGUACAUAAAGCACUUUAUAGUAAAGGAAUUUUACUGAUGACAGCCUCAGAAAAUGAAGAUAAUGACAUCUUAUGGUGUGUCAACCAUGAUACAUUUCCUUUCCAAAAGCCAAUGAUGGAAACUCAGAUGACAACCCGUGUUGAUGGUCAUUCCUGGGCUCUGUCUGCAAUAGAUGAAUUAAAAGUAGAUAAAAUAAUCACGCCUUUAAAUAAAGAUCAUAUUCCAAUAACCGACUCGCCGGUUGUUGUACAACAGCACAUGUUACCUCCAAAGAAAUUCGUCCUGCUCUCCGCACAGGGUAGUCUCAUGUUUCACAAGCUUAGACCCGUAGACCAGCUGAGACAUCUGCUUGUGAGUAACGUGGGAGGGGAUGGAGAAGAGAUCGAGAGAUUCUUCAAAUUACAUCAGGAAGACCAAGCUUGUGCAACUUGCCUUAUUCUUGCUUGUUCCACUGCCGCCUGUGACAGAGAAGUGUCUGCUUGGGCUGCGCGGGCAUUCUUUAGGUAUGGUGGUGAGGCACAGAUGAGAUUUCCAGCUACUCUUCCCACUCCAAGCAACGUUGGUCCCAUCCUGGGCUCUCCUAUGUAUUCUAGUUCUCCUGUCCCUAGUGGGAGUCCCUAUCCAAAUCCAUCCUCUUUGGGGACACCAUCCCAUGGUGCUCAGCCUCCUGUCACGUCCACCCCAAUGUGUGCUGUUGGAAACCCAGCCAUGCAAGCUGCAAGCAUGAGUGGUUUGAGUGGCCCAGAGAUUGUGUAUUCAGGAAAACACAAUGGUAUUUGCAUUUACUUUUCUCGAAUCAUGGGAAAUAUUUGGGAUGCUAGCUUAGUUGUUGAAAGAGUAUUCAAGAGUUCCAACAGGGAGAUCACUGCAAUUGAAAGCAGUGUACCCAUCCAGCUGCUGGAGUCAGUGCUACAGGAACUGAAGGGUUUGCAGGAGUUUCUAGACAGAAAUUCCCAGUUUUCAGGAGGACCGCUAGGAAAUCCAAAUACUACUGCCAAAGUGCAGCAGAGGCUGGUUGGAUUCAUGCGUCCCGAGAAUGGAAACACCCAGCAAAUGCAACAGGAGCUGCAGAGGAAGUUUCAUGAGGCUCAACUGAGUGAGAAGAUUUCACUUCAGGCCAUCCAGCAGCUGGUUAGGAAGUCAUACCAAGCUCUGGCUCUGUGGAAACUCCUUUGUGAACAUCAGUUUUCUGUCAUUGUAGGAGAACUUCAAAAGGAAUUUCAAGAGCAGCUGAAGAUCACCACCUUUAAGGAUCUAGUGAUCAGGGACAAAGAGGUCACUGGAGCAUUAAUUGCUUCUCUUAUCAACUGCUACAUCAGAGACAACGCUGCUGUAGAUGGCAUUAGUUUACAUCUACAGGACACCUGUCCACUUCUGUAUAGCACAGAUGAUGCAGUUUGCUCUAAGGCAAAUGAGCUUCUUCAGCGUUCCCGACAAGUUCAGAGUAAGAAUGAGAGAGAGCGAAUGUUAAGGGAGUCACUGAAGGAGUACCAGAAAAUCAGCAACCAAGUAGACCUUCCCAGUGUUUGUGCUCAGUAUAGGCAAGUGCGCUUUUAUGAGGGUGUGGUGGAACUUUCUCUUACUGCUGCCGAGAAAAAAGAUCCCCAGGGCCUUGGACUCCAUUUCUAUAAACACGGGGAACCAGAAGAGGAUGUCGUUGGUCUCCAGACUUUCCAGGAGAGAUUAAACAGUUACAAGUGCAUUACAGAUACGCUGCAAGAACUGGUAAAUCAGAGUAAGGCAGCUCCUCAGUCUCCUAGUGUACCCAAAAAACCUGGUCCUCCAGUGCUGUCAUCUGAUCCUAACAUGCUGAGCAACGAAGAAGCAGGACACCACUUUGAACAAAUGCUUAAAUUGGCUCAGCGAUCCAAGGACGAGCUCUUCAGUAUUGCUCUUUAUAACUGGCUAAUACAAGCUGACCUAGCAGAUAAACUACUACAGAUUGCGUCUCCAUUUCUCGAGCCACAUCUUGUCCGAAUGGCCAAAGUGGAUCAAAACCGAGUCCGCUAUAUGGAUUUACUCUGGAGGUAUUAUGAGAAGAACAGGAGUUUCAGCAGUGCUGCUCGGGUCCUGUCCAAGUUGGCUGACAUGCACAGCACAGAAAUUUCACUUCAGCAGCGACUAGAAUACAUUGCUCGAGCCAUUCUUAGUGCAAAGAGUUCCACUGCCAUUUCUUCCAUAGCUGCAGAUGGUGAAUUCCUGCAUGAAUUAGAAGAGAAGAUGGAAGUUGCUAGGAUCCAACUUCAGAUACAAGAGACAUUACAAAGGCAGUACUCCCAUCAUUCUUCAGUGCAGGAUGCAAUUUCUCAGCUGGAUUCUGAGCUCAUGGAUAUUACUAAGCUUUAUGGGGAAUUCGCUGACCCAUUUAAACUCGCAGAAUGUAAACUUGCAAUCAUUCAUUGUGCUGGUUAUUCAGAUCCCAUAUUGGUACAUACACUUUGGCAAGAUAUCAUAGAGAAAGAGUUGAAUGAUAGCGUAACAUUGAGCUCAUCAGAUCGAAUGCAUGCUCUUAGCCUCAAGCUUGUCCUCCUUGGCAAAAUCUAUGCUGGCACACCCCGUUUUUUCCCUCUGGAUUUUAUCGUUCAGUUCUUGGAGCAGCAAGUUUGUACUUUAAACUGGGAUGUGGGGUUUGUGAUACAGACCAUGAAUGAAAUCGGCGUGCCUUUACCUAGGCUACUAGAAGUUUAUGAUCAGCUCUUCAAAUCACGGGAUCCAUUCUGGAACAGAGUGAAAAGCCCACUGCACCUUUUGGAUUGUAUCCAUGUACUGUUGACAAGAUAUGUUGAGAAUCCUAGCCUAGUCUUAAAUUGUGAGAGGAGAAGGUUUACAAAUCUCUGCCUGGAUGCCGUCUGUGGUUAUCUUGUGGAACUUCAGUCAAUGAGUUCCUCAGUAGCUGUACAAGCCAUCACUGGGAAUUUUAAAUCCCUCCAAGCGAAGUUGGAACGGCUCCAUUGAUUACUGUAGUAUAUAUUCUUGCUUGCAUUUUGGUCUGUAAAAUAAAAGCUCAGCUGGGUCCAGAAAUCAGGUGUUGUAUAUCUAAGAAUUUUGGUAGGAAAUUUUUUUAAUGGAUGAUAGUUAUCUACAAAUAGUAUAUUUGCCAAAUGAUUUGUUUUUUAUGACUAGUAUUUUCUUUUAAUUGAUAAGUUGGGCCCAGAUCUGUAGCUCAGUGGUAAAAAUGUUUGUAUAGCAUGUAAAAAGUCAGUACCACACACAAACACAUCAGUUUAUAAAAAGCUGAAAAAUUAUGUAUGAUUAUGACACACAAAGAUUUUGAAUUUUACUAAUGAUAACAAUUUUGAAUUUGUAUUAUUUCUCUCCAAGUUUAUGUAGGGUAUUAGUAUUAAAACUUGUAGGCUUGUGCCAUGCCUUUGAAUCCCAGCACUUGGGGAAGCAGUGGCAGGGGGAUCUCUAGAACUCACUGAGAUUUCCAGGCCCAGGGCUGCACAGGGAAAUGUCUUAAAAACAAACACAACAAGAACAAUAAAAACACCUUAUACUCUGAGUCUGUUCCUAUAGUGUUAGAUUCUGGAAUAGUCCUUAAUUAUUCAUUUUUAACUUAAUUUUUUAGAAAUCUCCUGAACCACUAAUUUAUCAAUUACAGCCCUUUAUGUUCUCUCUUUCUCUUUUUUCCCCUCUCCCUCUCACUAUAAAUCUGUACAUUAGAUUUUAUGUAUACAUUUAUAUAUGUGUGUGCAGGAUAUGUAUGUAUGUUGAUUGUAUAUACAGGAUUGUUUGAGCAUGUGAUAAACUUGUAACACUUGUGUGUACUUAAAACCUUCAUGAUCAGCCAGCUGUGGUGGUGCUUGCCUUUAAUGGCAGCACGUGGGAGGAGGGGAAGGGGAGCCUCAGAGUUCAGGGCCAGUCUGGUCUACAUAUGGAGUUACAAUUCAACCCCAGCUGUACAGUUACUACUGUUUCCUUAGACCCCUCACUGUCAAACUGUAUGCUUCAAGCCAGCAACAGCAGCAGCAUCCAAGAAUGUGUUAGAAAUUAAAUUCCUGGGUCUCUGGUCAGAUCUACCAAACCAAAAACUGUGGCAUAAAUGCCUGUCUUUGUAUUUUAAUAAUCUUUCCAGUGGAUCCAGACUUCUGUCUUAUUGAUCAACCCACUUGAACUCCUGUUUUCUAUAUGGAUGAGUUCCCUCUCAAUUUGAUUUUUCCACCCCCCCCCUUUUUUUUUUUUACUAAUAACCACAACACAAGUUUUAUCCAAGACAUAGUGUAUAAAGCAACAUUGUUAGUAACCUAGUUUAUUUUUGUUUUUUAAUACUGGUGGGUUGAAUACAGGGUUUUCAUGCUAAGCAGUGAGCUUUCACUAAAGGUAUAUCCUCAACCCCUGAAUUAUUUUUAACAUGUUAAAAGAACUAACUAAACUAAGUGUUCCAAAUUAUUAUCAAAGACAAAAGGAAAGACUGAGGACUAAGGCCAACCAAAAAAAGAGAAAGGAAAAGAAAAAACGGCUGCUUUCUAUUGUUUAUUUUAUUUUUGCAACAGAUUCUGACAUAGCCUAGGCUAGUGUCAAACUCUUAACUACCUAGAGUGAUCUUGAAUUUCUGAUCCUCUGGCCUCCACUACCUGAGUGCUAAGAUUGUAGUCAUGCUUCACAGUGCCCACUUUUUGUGGUACAAGGUAUUAAACCCGGAGUUCCAUAAGGUGAGCACCUUAUCAACCGAGUUAUGUUCCUAGUCCUUAGCUCCCCCCCCUUUUUUUUUGUCAAGGUCUCACUAUAUAGCCCAGGCUAGCUGCAAACACACGAUGAUCCUCCUGCCUCAGACUUCUCAAGUACUGGAAAUCCAAGCAUGUGCCACCAUGCCCAGCUUCCACUCUUAUUUAUGCUAUUGGGAGUAUUCUCUUCUGUUUGUUGUCACUGAUAGAAAUUGGUUAGUUUUGUAAAUAUUUCUUGAAUAUAUUUCUACCUUUACCUUUUCCUGUGAUUAUGGAUUUCUUUUUCCACAAUACCUUAGAAUUCAGCUCCACUUUCACUUACAGUCUUUGAAUGUAUAUUUCAUAAAAGAUCAAAGUAAUGCUGAUUGGGUGUCACUACCUCAUAUUUUUCAGCUUUUCAUCUUAAGUAACUUUGUAGUCUAUAAAAUGAAUGCAUUUGAUAUAUUAAUGUUUUAUGCAUUUAAAUUUUUGUCAUGCUUAUUUUAAAUGAAGAUCUUGUUUAACUGCUUUAAUUUAGAUAUGGAUCCAUUUCUGUUAGAAAUAUAUGACACGAUCUCGAAUUCUGUUGUGUGUUUACAUAUUAAUAUGUGUGUUACAUAUACUUAAUCAUCUGGGUGAGGUAGCUCUUGGGUCUAAUCACUACACUUAGAAUGUGUAGGCAGGAGUAUUGAAAAUACAGAUGUGGCUAUACACACACGCACAGUUCCUUAAUAGGUGUGCAGGAUACUAUGUCAAAAAGGAUGUGAGUGACAGAUACCUGAGCACACUCCCCUUUAUUCUAAUAGCACCCUUACAGGGAAUGUUUGCAAUGGCCUUCCUAAAAGAAAGGACACUGCUAGUUCAUUGCUAAAGUUUGAACAUUAAUCAAAUGAAAUUAUCUAAAUGGCCUGUCCAUUCAGACAUCUGAUUUGACCCUCCAAAGGGAUGCUGAUCCUAGAAGUCAGUGGUCAGAUGCAACAAUGGCGGCGUUCUAGCAUAUUAUCCACCAUGUAAGAAUGCUUUGGUCAAUGUAUAAUCUUUAUGCUGUAAAUAGUGCAUAUGUACAGGCAAUGAGUGAUUCAUUGGUAGAACAUCUUAGGAAAGUACAUUUAUUGUGUUCAGUUGGGUCACUGAAGGUGUUGUAAUAUAUUUUUAGAUAGUUUUAGUAAGGCACAAUGGUUAGGGGAGAGGGAAACUAUGUAUUUAUGCAAGAUACACAGUAUUGACCUGAUUUGUAUGUAAUAUGUGGUUGAAAGAUUUUCAAUUAUUAACUAGUGACUUCUUCAUUGAACAUGGAAUCACAUAAGCCUUUCUUUAUGUUUUAUAGCUAGUUUAAUCUCAGAAGUCUAUCAUAGAUUGUUUAUUCUCUUCCUUAGGAUAUUUUGUAUCUCUGUGUUGCUCUUCUUCACUAGUGAUAUAGUCAUAGCAAAUAAAUUAAAUAAAUUAACCAAAACCCUAAAUCUGAGGUUUUGAAAGAGAUUAGCGUUUUCUUUAAUAGUCUCUAUUAAUAUCUUUUCUUAAAUUAUCUUAAUAAUAAAACUUUUUAGAGUAUUCUACUAAAACUUUUUUAAACACUUUCUGGAACUCACUCUGUAGAUCAGGCUGGCCUCGAACUCAGAAAUCCACCUGCCUCUGCCUCCCAAGUGCUGGGAUCAAAAGUGUGUGCCACCACUGCCCGGCAGAUAAAAUUCUUAAAACUAAAUUUUGUAAGAACUAACACUAUUUUUAAAUUGCCUUAUUCAUUAUUUUUCUUCAGAUAGUAGAUGUUAACUGCCAUUGGUUUUACUUUCUCAUUUUAAAUCAUUUCCAUAACACUAUAUAGCAUGUUUGAAAUUAAAUAUCUCACAAUUGCCAUGAUUUUUUGUAUUUUAAAUUACCCCUACUAUGUAGGAUCCAGGAUCCCGAUAACGAAUCUCCAACCCACACUUUAUUGACUUCUGAAGCUCUCUGUGGAAGCCUGACCAAGCCUCAAUAUGUAUUUCUUUCUCAGCCCUCAGCACUCAGCCCUCUGUUUUGCUCCUUUAUUUUCUACCCCAGUCUUGACUAUCUGUUUUGUAAAUUAGGAAUAUAUCAUCUUGAAUGUCUUCUCUCCCUCAAAAUGUAUUAGUCAUGAAUUUCUAAACAAGUCUAUUUUACUAUCCA